GUGAGACCCGCGUGCGCCGCGGGAGGGGUGGGGUGGGCGACGGGGAGGCCGGGCGAGAUGAGCGCUCGGCUCCCCGCUAGGGCCAGCGAGGAGGAGCAGCAGCAGCACAAACAGCGGCCGCGGCUGCCUUCGCCGCAGUCGCAGUCGCCGCCGCCAUCGUCUCGCCCCGUCUGAAUGAACUGAGGCGAGAGAGGCCGCUUUCGCCGGCUCGGCCCGGUCUGGCCCAGGCCUCCUCCCUGCGCCGCUUCGGAGCGCCCACUCAGAGCCCCCUCUCCCGUAGGAUCUUAAAGAACAAGACAUCAUGGGAGCAUUUUUAGAUAAGCCAAAGAUGGAGAAGCACAAUGCCCAAGGGCAGGGCAAUGGACUACGUUAUGGGCUAAGUAGCAUGCAAGGUUGGCGAGUUGAGAUGGAGGAUGCACAUACAGCUGUAAUUGGCUUACCAAAUGGACUUGACGGGUGGUCUUUUUUUGCUGUGUAUGAUGGACACGCUGGAUCCCAAGUUGCCAAAUACUGCUGCGAGCAUUUAUUAGAUCACAUCACAAGCAAUCAUGAUUUUAAAGGCCGUGGAGCUUCGCCAUCCGUGGAAAAUGUAAAGACAGGAAUCAGAACAGGUUUUCUGCAAAUUGAUGAACAAAUGAGGCUACUUUCUGAGAAGAAGCAUGGUGCGGACAGAAGCGGGUCAACAGCUGUGGGAGUCCUCAUCUCUCCCCAGCACACUUAUUUUAUCAACUGUGGAGAUUCUAGAGGAUUACUUUGUAGAAACAGAAAGGUUUAUUUCUUUACACAAGAUCACAAACCAAAUAAUCCACUGGAGAAAGAACGUAUACAGAAUGCAGGUGGUUCAGUCAUGAUUCAGCGUGUGAAUGGCUCCCUCGCUGUGUCUAGAGCACUUGGAGACUUUGAUUACAAAUGUGUCCAUGGGAAAGGCCCUACAGAGCAGCUUGUCUCACCUGAGCCUGAAGUUUAUGAAAUUGAGAGAUCAGAAGAUGAUGAUCAGUUCAUCAUACUGGCCUGUGAUGGCAUCUGGGAUGUUAUGGGAAAUGAAGAGCUUUGUGAAUUUGUCAGAUCAAGGCUUGAAGUCACUGAUGACCUUGAAAGGGUUUGCAAUGAGAUAGUCGACACCUGCUUGUAUAAGGGAAGCCGAGACAACAUGAGUGUGAUAUUGAUCUGUUUCCCAAAUGCACCAAAGGUAUUACCAGAGGCAGUGAAGAGAGAAGCAGAGCUGGACAAGUUCCUGGAAAGCAGAGUAGAAGAGAUCAUAAAGAAGCAGGGCGAAGGAGUGCCAGACUUAGUCCACGUCAUGCGUACAUUACAAACUGAGAGCAUCCCAAACCUUCCACCAGGGGGUGAAUUGGCAAGCAAACGGAGUGUGAUUGAAGCAGUUUAUAACAGACUGAAUCCUUAUAGAAAUGAUGAUGCUUCUGGAUUAUCCAGAAACUGCUGUAAUUUUGGGCGCUCCAGACUUUAAAGGGUUACUUCUCUUUUCUUUAAGGACUCUGCAUCAACCGAUGAUAUGUGGUAAAACUGCCAUCAAAGCUGUGGAGUUUACAUACAUCCUGAUGGAAAUUGCACCCUACCCACAGUGACCCUUCUUAACAUCCAUCUUCCACCUUACUUGAAGGGGAAAAGAUGUGUUGGCGAAAGUGACUACACCUGGAAACAGCAGUCCCAACACCUAGCCCAGGAACUGAUGAUCUUUUUUUCCCCUUUUUAUUUUCUAUUGCAAAACAGACUUCUGUAAAAGUGAUAUUGAAACCAAUAUGUUGUAAAUUGGACUCUUAAGCAAUUUUAUGUUGUAUGAUUUUUGUUUUGUAAAGUGCAAUUGUGGUUGUACAAAAUGCUUAUUUAAUAAUGAACUGCUUUACAUCAAUUAAGGUUAGAUUAAAUGCUUGGUUUGUUGCUUUGAACAACAGUAAUCUAGCCCUUUUCCAUUCACAUUUGUGGUUCUGGAUACCUGGGAGCAGCAACCUCGCCAGCUAAGUGCUCAGGAGGUACAUAGAAAUUGUGUAAAGGCUAUUUUAUAUAAAUGCAGAUCAUUGCAAUUCUAGUAUGGAAAAUAACUGAUAAAACAGUUCAUUCUCCAUUGAACUUUUAAUUGUUCGAUUAAAAAAAAAAAAUUCCUGCGGGAUCUAAAAAUCCUAUUGAAAUAUAUGGGAAGUUCAGUGAACAAAUGGGACAGGUUUGCCAACCUUGUGACAUGGCAGUGAAAUAUAGUUCAUGAGGGUUAAAAUGCCUUGAUUAUUUGCACCUUUAAAAAACCUUUACCUUCAGUUAAUUUUCAGUUACGUAAGAGGCUAUGUCUUUAUUUAGUAAAAGCCUGCAGCAUUUUUAUCAUCCUGAUUGGCUGGGUUGGCUGCUGUUCCAAGUAAAAUACUUUGAAUUCCAUUAUAUCAAUAAAGAUUGAUUUAACAAAACAACAAAA